UCUUCGACCGUUGGAUGCUGCAUUUAUUCCCCAAACCUGCCCAACACCAGCCUCUUGCUCCGGACACAGACCGAUGACAUUUCUAUUCAUAAUGCUGCACCUUGUCUCGGCUUGUUAGUGAUACGCCUGUAUGCUAGGGGGCUGCGGGACACGAUGUGGAUUGGCGUCACUAUCAUCCUCAUCCCACAGACCUGCCCGCGGCUGUGUGGCCUCAGUGCGUUAGCUAGCGAGCAGACAUUACUGUGGUCGUUACGGCAUGUUGACGGAUUUAUAAACUCUCCUCGCCUUGACUGGAACAAUGCGGCGACGGAUCGACAGGGUUUCUGAAAACUACGAGCAGGAGCAGCUCCAUAGGGCUUCUGCUGGUGUGUGUCGGCUACAGGAAGCGAUAAAUCCCCAGCCGAUGCCACAGGACGGCUUUGACCGCAGUUUAUAGACACCGGAUGGAGAUAGGAGCCGUCGCCUUUCACCAGUAAAACACUGUAAGCUGUGAUGAGCCCUCAUUUUGCCCUGCCAAUGGAGCUAUCCUGACAUGACAUGGACAAGAAAGAAAAGAAAACGCAGCUUCUUUUAAAAUGAAUUGGCAACAGGCUUUACCAGACACCAGAGGACUGGAGCACUGACACAACUGUCUGUCGAUCAUUCACUGUUUAGCUGAUGUUGUGUACGAGCAGGCUGGUGGAUUGCUGUAGCCUGGAUUUCAUCUAGACUGCAACGACGGCCUGUCUGCCAUAGACAAGCAGCCCACAGCAGAGAGGUGAUGGCAGCGCAGUGUGGGAGCCGGUGAGAAGUCUUAAAACCAAACUGAAAAGCUGUAAGUCGUGAAGAACAAGAGGAUGGGUGGCGAGUCUUAGCGAGAAGACGGCCUCGGAGUGAACGGGGAUUCGCACAGCAGAUUCAAGCUCCUGGAGAGAAUCAGGAGACAAGAUUACUACACAUUACUACGACAAAGGGACCCAUCUGAAAAUGGGGCAAUGUGGAUUAAGGUGUUCCCGUUCCUUGUGAACUACGAAAAGGAAGCAACCACGAGGACGAAGGAACUGAUAGCAGACGGAGGAGGUGGCAGGGGAGUGGUGGACUUGGUGUUUGAAGAGAAGGUGGUAUGGGUGGGGGGACAUUCAGAAUGGCCCAUGGAAAUGAGAGCAGUGAAGGGCCUCCUGGGCCCAUGGCAGCAGUGGUGGCUACUGCAGGAGGUAUGGUAGCAGAGAGUCCUUCUUCUGCUGUGUCUACCUAUAUCAAACUGGUGCUACUGGGGCUGAUCAUCUGCAUUAGCCUGGUGGGGAACCUGGUGGUAUCUCUGUUAGUACUGCGGGACCGGGCCCUGCAAAAAGCACCUUAUUACUUCCUGCUGGACCUCUGCCUGGCAGACACCAUUCGCUCAGCCAUCUGCUUCCCUUUUGUUCUGGUGUCAAUAAAGAACGGCUCAGCCUGGACCUAUAGUGUUCUAAGCUGCAAGGUAGUGGCCUUCAUGGCAGUCCUCUUCUGUUUCCAUGCUGCCUUCAUGCUGUUCUGCAUCAGCGUAACACGCUACAUGGCUAUUGCACACCACCGCUUUUACUCAAAGCGAAUGACAUUCUGGACAUGUGUGGCAGUGGUGUGUAUGGUGUGGACACUGUCUGUGGCGAUGGCAUUCCCACCAGUUUUUGACGUGGGUACCUACAAGUUCAUUCGCGAGGAGGACCAGUGCAUCUUUGAGCAUCGCUAUUUCAAGGCUAAUGAUACACUCGGCUUCAUGUUAAUGCUGGCUGUUCUCAUUCUAGCCACACAUGUUGUCUACAUGAAGUUACUUCUCUUUGAAUACAAGCACCGCAAAAUGAAACCAGUCCAGAUGGUGCCAGCCAUCAGUCAGAACUGGACCUUUCAUGGACCAGGGGCUACUGGUCAAGCGGCAGCCAACUGGAUUGCAGGCUUUGGCAGGGGCCCGAUGCCGCCAACUUUGCUUGGAAUCCGUCAGAACUUGCACAACCAGAACCGGCGCCUGUUGGGCAUGGAGGAGUUCAAAGCAGAGAAGCAGCUUGGCAGGAUGUUUUAUGUGAUCACUCUUCUGUUCCUGGUUCUGUGGUCUCCUUACAUAGUGGCUUGCUAUUGGAGAGUGUUUGUCAAGGCUUGCACAAUACCGCACAGGUACCUCUCCACAACCGUGUGGAUGAGUUUCGCUCAAGCCGGGGUCAACCCUAUUGUCUGUUUCUUCCUUAACAAAGACUUGAAGAUAGGGCUCCUUUCCCAUCUACCAGCCUGCUGCAGGACUAAACCUCAUCUGCCACGAGAGCCUUAUUGUGUCAUUUAAGUAGAGAUGAUGAUCUAAACAUGGAGAAAAAACAAGGGCCAACCAAUAGAUGUGUUGUGGGAGUGUUUACUGUAGUAACUGAUUAAAUUCAAGCUACAUUUACAGAGUUGUUGGUAACUGGUGAGUGCAAUGGGAAAAACACUGGAAUGUUAAGCAUGUAUUUCCAUCUACCAAAAUCCUUUUCACUCAAAAUAAGAACAUGCGUGGAGUAAGACGUUGAUUUUUGAUAAGGAGAAAAAUACUUUUAAUAGCUAAAUAAUGCAAAUAAUAAUGAAGUCACUGUGGAAACCAAGCCAGACAACUAACUAUCAACAAAUUACAUACGCUGCUUCAUAAACAACAUAAAUAACAUGUUGAUUGAGGAUUGACAAGGAUGUUUGUUAUUUGGUCACAUGAGACAACUAAUUAUUUGAAUCCGGGACGAUGCCAUUCAGUUUAAGCCCAAACUGCACCUUUUUAAUUUUAAUUAAUUUUUAGUAGUUGAAAACAUGACUUAAAAAAUUUAAUUGCUGUGAGUUGAAGGUUUUGAUUUUCAGAGGCAACGCUCAAUCCAAAGGGUCUGUCCAGCUAUCUACCCAUGUAAAACACAAAGAAUUAAGCUUGGGUUUUUAUAAUCACUGAUUUUAACAUACAAAGUCAGUUUUGAAGUUGGUAAACAUUUGAAAUGUUGAAAUACAUUGUCACAUUUUGGCUUUGAAAUCAAAUCAGUUUUGAGAAAAUGGGGUGAGUUGAAUUUGAGACAGGAAGCAAAAGCAGAAUCAAAAAGUAUAUUUCUAAAUACUGGGUCUUUUGAUUCAGGGACCAGUUAGAUCUAAACUUAUCUUAUGUUUGUAAUCAUAUAAAAGUACAUCUAUAAAUGCCUGUCCCUCAAUUAAGAAGUCACUAUUCUACAAUAUCACCAUUUUUUUUGUAUGCAAAAACAUCAGCGCCAAGGACUUAGCACGGAGCAGAGCACCAGCUUUUCUGACUGAUGAGGUAUUUACUUUGAUCUCAUGUGUGUUUACUGUGUACUACUACUGCUUUACUACUCUUCUGUUACUCUGACUCUGCAGACAACUACAGGAACUCCAGUAUUUACAGUACGUAAGAUUUUCAUUAUGUGCAUCACUUGAAGAUAGAUCAAAUCUGAUCAGCUGAGGUAAUAGUGAGUUAGUAGAGUUUUCACUAACACAGCUUGUUAUAACAAAUUAUUUGACAAUGAACUCAGUGCCCAGUUGCAUUAAAUGUUUCUUGUUACAUUUUUCCUACCAGCUUCUUGAAUUUACAUAAGGUGCAAGAAAAUCUCCCUACCAGCUCUCUCUAAGAAUGAGGAUGUUUUGGAAAUCUCAUUGGCUAUCUAGUGCACUUCAGGUGCUUAAUGCUAAUGUUCAAAUAUUUAUAAUAUUUAAGUGCAUAAUGAAUGUGAUUCACUUAAAAACUAAAUCCCACAGUAGAACUAACGCUUUUACAUGGUCAUGCUAUCAGCUAAUCAUAAGCUUGUUUUUUGCUAAAAAUCCAAUAAUUCAGUAACUGCAGUUCACUCAUAGAAACAGACAUUUAAAGGUACAGUGUGUAGAAUUUACUGGUGAAGUUGUAUGUUGCAGCUGAAUACCCCUCACCUCACCCUCCCCUUUCUAAAAAGAUGUUUAGUUUGUCCAGUUUGGGAUACUGACAAAAUAAAAGGAGGCGCCCCCUGUAGAAAGGACCUGCUACUGAUGUAAAUAUAAGGUAUUUAAAUAUGAAGGGCCCAUUCUGAGGUAAAGGGAAAAAAAAACAAUUAAUCUAAUUUAGAUGAUUACAUACCAGUGAAAACAUCACUAGGAUUAUUUUGUCUUCAAUUUUUGCCAAUAGAUCCCUUUCAUCUAAACCCCCCUGGGGGGGCGCGGACACUCCAGGGGGGACGCAAUGUCACAGACAAAAAAAAAAGAGAAAAAAUACCGACGACCUGUCACUGGUUGGUGAAAGCUCCCUCAGUGGCGAAAUGCUAGGGGCUGGACUGACACAAACAAAUCAAAUACUGUUUCGUUCCUCAUCCACCAAUCAAAAGAGGAGUGUUAUCAUUUGAACGCGAGUUGCACGUACGCUUCCGAGUAUAAAAGUAACUGCAGGCAUGGUCAGCGCUCACCCUCACUGAGACGACACCCUGCAGAGUUUCCUCUAUAAUUCAGAUAUUCAUUGCUUUAUAAACAGUCUUUUUAAAGACUCACUCCUUCCUUAGUAAUACCUUCCUGCACUUGCAGUAGGCCUAUUCGUAGCCUGAUCUAAGGAGUAAUUAGCUCCACAGUCUUUUUUAGAAAGCUCAUAGCCCCAAGAGCUAGCCUUCUAGCUAGCUAACUUUUUUCAACUGCAGCUAGCCCUUUUCUCCUUAACACCUACAUUUACAUCUUCAAUCAUCCACCGUGUUUCAACAAAUAAAACACCAGCACUUGAAUACUAUUCUGUGCUGUCCCUGUCUACAUUGUGUACUGUUCGUUUUGUUAGGAACCAUUGCCUAGCACAGCCUUAUUCAUUAUUCGUGUGCAAGUCACUCACAGCCACACAUACAAACACACUCACAAGACCACAAUGUUGCAUUUAGAACUGUAUUAACAUCACACACACUGUAUCAGCAAACAAACACAACAAUGGACAAGUUUCUGAUUCGUAAAAGUCAGGCAACCGAUGCGCCAGUUGCGAAGAAGCCAAAGCUUCGCAAAUAUGAAGAGAGCUAUUUGCAGUUUGGUUUCACCGUCACUGGCACGACUGAGCAACGUCCUCAGUGUUUUUUGUGUGGCGAGGUGCUGGCAAAUGACAGCAUGAAGCCAUGCAAAUUAAAAAGGCACCUCGACACGAAACAACCCGACUUGAAAGAGAAGCCUGUGGACUUCUUUAAAAGGUAAACAUGAUGGCCACCAGCAACAAGCAAUUGCACUGUCUCCAAGCUAUCUGUCUAUCUAUAUAUUGUGGUGUAGUUGAGG